AUGGAAACCGCGGAGAAAUCAGGAAACAGAGGAGCCCGCGUCUGCGCCGCACAACCCGCUUCUCCCCCCGAUUCACGAGAAAAUUACACAAUCCCCUCGGCCCGUCUGGGCGGAAUCCUUCGGGGCUGGGGUGGUGGUGUUGCUGAAACCAUCUCUAGGCGUGGUUUUGGAUGGAGACGCUCCUUCUGCUCCCGCAGGGAUCCCCACCUGCCCUCACACCGCCUCUGUCACGGCGCCAGCUGGUGUCCUCCUCCCUCAGCUCCACGCUCCACCAGACUUUUCCACGAGUUUUUUUGCUUCGAGUCACGGAAGGAUAUUGAUUUUGUGUCACUGCGGUUGUGCUGGGGACGCUGGUUCGAUCCCCAACCACCGGCGGAGCAGCGCGCGCUCGGCCUCUCCGGGCAGGAAGCACCGCGGAGACCCCCCCGGUUCGUGUUGAGGGCUGCCCGCCGCGCUGCGCAGGGACGGGAAACACGCAAAAUGUCCAGAACGUCGCUCUGGCUGGUGGCCUCGGUUUUACUCCUGGUGGACAGCCGGAGAGCCAAGAAGCCGAGCUGCCCCCUGUCCUGUACGUGCACCAAAGAUAACGCGCUGUGCGAAAGCGCAGGCUCGAUCCCCCGCAGCUUACCCCCGGAUGUCAUAUCACUGUCGUUCGUCAAGUCGGAAUUCACCGAGAUCGCAAAGGAGAGCUUCAUCCACACGCCUCCCCUGCAUCUGCUCCUCUUCACAACCAACGACCUGGAAGCAAUAAACGAGGAUGCAUUUCUUGGUCUUUCUCAUCUCGAGUAUCUAUUUAUAGAAAACAACCAAAUCAGGUCCAUAUCGCCUCAUGCUUUCCGUGGACUGAAAACCUUGGUGCACCUGAGUCUGGCCUACAACAAUCUGGAGACCCUCCCCAAAGAUUUGUUCAAAGGUCUUGAAGCCUUGACAAAAGUAGAACUGCGUGGGAACCUCUUCACGUGUGACUGUAAGCUGAAAUGGUUGGUGGAGUGGAUAUACAGCACCAACGCCACCGUGGAUCAGAUUUACUGUAAAGGCCCGGCCUCGCAGCUGGACAAGAAAAUCAACGACUUGGAACCUCAGUCUUUUGACUGCAUCACCACAGAGUUUGCCUCCUACCAGUCCCUGAAGUUCGAGUCCAUUUCAGUGGAAGCAUUUUCUUUUGGGAACGACCAGUAUGUUGUCUUUGCACAGCCCUUCAUUGGGAAGUGCAGCUUUCUAGAAUGGGAUCAUGUCGAAAUGGUAUUCAGGAGCUUUGAUGAUAUCGACAGCACGUCCACAGUGAUCUGCAAACCUCUGGUCAUCGACAGCCAGCUCUUCGUCAUUGUGGCUCAGCUGUUCGGAGGCUCGCACAUUUACAAACGGGACAUCUCUGCCAACAAGUUCAUCAAGCUCCAGGGCAUCGACAUCCUGAGAAUUCGCAAGCCAAACGACGUGGAGACGUUCCGCAUCGACGGAGAGUCCUUCUUCGUCGUAGCGGACAGCUCCAAGGCCGGUUCCACCACCAUCUACAAGUGGAACGGUAACGGCUUCUACUCUCAUCAGUCCCUCCACCCGUGGUACCGGGACACAGAUGUGGAGUACCUGGAGAUUUCCUCCAAACCUCACCUGAUCCUGUCCAGCAGCUCCCAGCGGCCCGUCAUCUACCAGUGGAACAAGGCCACCAAGCAGUUUGACAGACGCACGGACAUCCCUGAGAUGGAGGAUGUUUACGCCGUCAAGCACUUUUACGACAAGUCCGAUCUUUUUAUUUGCCUGACGCGCUUCAUUGGGGACUCCAAGGUGAUGCGCUGGGAUGGGGCCCUCUUUAGAGAGCUACAGACCAUGCCCUCUCGAGGCUCCAUGGUGUUCCAGCCCUUCGCUGUGGGCAGCUGGCAGUACGCCAUCCUGGGCAGCGAUUACUCCUUCACCCAGGUGUACCGCUGGGAUGCCAAAAAGGCCGAGUUUGUUCGUUUCCAGGAGCUGAACAUCCAGGCACCAAGAGCCUUUUCUCCCGUUUCCAUAGACAACCGUCAGUUCCUGCUGGCCUCCAGCUUCAAAGGCAAAACUCAGAUCUAUGAGCACUUGGUCAUUGAUCUCAGCAACUGAGAUUUUCUUUGUUUUGAAUUUUAUCGAAUGGUUCGUUGUGAUUUAUUUUUGUGCGUUUAAAGGAAUUUCACGCAUCAGAUGCAGUGUUGAGCAACUCGCAAAGGAAAACUCAAGUACGGACAAUUUUCCCAUCAGUUUUAAACCCCAUUGGAAUCCGUGCAUGAUCCGGUUACAGACAAAAAGCACGUAUCUCGACUAAACCUUCGAGAGGCAUGCAUCCAAAGUUAGAAUUAGAUUCCAAUAGUUUGUGACGUUUAAUGCAUGAAGAGCCUUACAUCAAAGAUCCACUGAACAUAAAGAAAGUCAGGUUUACUUUUUGCAAUCAGCUUUUUAGAUUAUUUGCCAAUGUUUAUACAUUUAUCUCAUGUAUUUAUCUACUGAAGGUAAUAUUGAAACACUUUUUAAGCCGACGUGUUUAACGGAACCAAUCUGCCAAGACAAAU